AUGCAUGAUUCAGAGCCUAUAAUAGUUGAUUUUAUAAUGCUCAAAGUAUUGUUUCUGGCCGAUGAUGAAAAAAUCAUUUUUGUUAAAACUCCUACUGGUCAAACAUUAGAGUUAGAUGUCCUGCUAUUAGAUACCGUUAAAGAAUUAAAAGAGAAAAUCCAGACUAGAAAUAUAUGUUCUUUUCACGGAAUUAGUUUUAAAGACAAUAAAUUAGAUGAUAGCAGUAGACUCUCCGAUAUAGGAACAGAAAAUGGAAGUACAUUUUAUUGUUAUAUUCAGGUCUUUGUUAGAACUCCUACUGAUGAAACGUUAGAGUUAGAUGCCCUGCUAUCAGAUACCAUUAAAGAAUUAAAAGAGAAAAUCCAUGCUAGAAAUAAUUGCUCUUUUCAUGGUAUUAGUUUUGAAAAUAAUAAAUUGGAUGAUAAUAGUAGACUUUCUGAUAUAGGUGCAGAAAAUGGAUGUGUAUUUUAUUGUUAUAUUCAGAUCUUUGUUAGAACCCCCACUGAUGAAACGUUAGAGUUAGGUGCCUUACCAUCAGAUACUGUUAAAGAAUUAAAAGAGAAAAUCCAUGCUAUAAAUAAUUGUUCUUUUAAUUGUAUUAGUUUUAAAGGUAACAAAUUAGAUGAUAGCAGUAGAAUUUCUGAUAUAGGAGGAGAAAAUGGAUGUACAUUUCAUUGUUGUAUUCAGAUUCAGAUCUUUGUUAGAACUCCUACUAAUGAAACGUUAGAGUUAGAUGCUCUGCUAUCAGAUACCGUUAAAGAAUUAAAAGAGAAAAUCCAUGCUAGAAAUAAUUGUUCUUUUCAUGGUAUUAGUUUUAAAGGUAAUAAAUUAGAUGAUAGCAGUAGAAUUUCUGAUAUAGGAGCAGAAAAUGGAUGUACAUUUUAUUGUUGUAUUCGAAUCUUUGUUAGAACACCUACUAAUGAAACGUUAGAGUUAGAAGCCCUGCUAUCAGAUACUGUUAAAGAUUUAAAAGAGAAAAUCCAUGCUAGAAACCAUUGUUCUUUUCAUAGUAUUAGUUUUAAAGGUAAUAAAUUAGAUAAUAACAGUAGACUUUCCGAUAUAGGAGCAGAAAAUGGAUGUACAUUUUAUUGUUGUAUUCAGAUCUUUGUUAGAACUCCUACUGAUGAAAUGUUAGAAUUUGAUGCUUUUCUAUCGGAUACCGUUAAAGAAUUAAAAGAGAAAAUCCAUGCUAGAAAUAAUUGUUCCUUUCAUGGUAUUAAGUAUAAAGGUAUUAAUUUAGAUGAUAGCCAUAAACUUUCUAAUAUAGGGAUAGAAAAUGGAUGUACCCUUCAUUGUGGUGUUCAGAUAUUUAUUAAAACACCCAUUAAUGGAACAGUAGAUUUUGAAGGUAAUGAAUUAGGUGAUAACAGUAGACUCUAUGAUGCAGGGAUAAAAAGCGGAUGUACACUUUAUUGCUUUAUUCAGAUUUUUGUUAAAACUUCAACUGGUACCCUUGCUUACCAAGUAUGUCUAUCCGACACUGUUGGCUAUGUAAAGGGUCUGAUUCAAAACUCCGAGGGUAUACCAAUAGAUAAACAACAUAUUUUUGCUCGUCAACAAUUAGAGGACCAUUAUAAACUUUCAGAUUAUAACAUUCAAAAUGAGUCUACUUUGCACUUGAUA